AUGGAAGGAGCUUGGAAUCUACACGAAAACAACCAAAGUCUGGAUCUUGUGGAUCCAACUCUGGAAGUGUUUGACGAAAAUGAAGCCAUUCGGUUGAUAGGAGUGGCCCUUUUGUGUACUCAAGCAUCACCAGUGAUGAGGCCACCCAUGUCCCGUGUCAUUGCUAUGCUUGCUGGACACAUUGAAGUGAGCACCACUACAACAAAGCCAAGUUAUUUGACAGAUUGGGAUUUCAAAGAUAUAACCGAUAGCUUUUUGGAUGGAGAAAGUCCAUCAUCAGCUCCAUCCAAUAGUAGUAGCCCCCUACUAGACAAUAAGGUCGAUAAUCCAUCCGAUCCGAACACUAACGCAGUGCCCUCUCCAAUUAAUUUGACUGAGACAAUGCUGUAUGAAAUCAUUGGAGAAGGAAGGUGA